GUUGAGAUGGUUGAACGGGAAAUGUCCAUGUGCUUUGGCCAUCCCUGGACCGAUCGCAUGAAUCUAUCUGGUUUUCAGACUUAUUUAUUUACCACAAACAAUCGUGAUCUAUUUGGAGUCAUUAAUUUUUGGACUGUGUUCGCAUUUUUGUUUGACGAUUAUCUGGAUCAAAUACGCGAUCAAUCAGUACUCAAUGAGUGGUACAAUAAAUAUAAGACGGGUCAUAGCGAUGAUGAUAAUCCGAUGGAUCGGAUACUAGUAAAGGCCCGAUUGUAUAUAGACAGGUACCUGAGCCCGAAUCAAUUGAAAAGGCACAUGGAUUAUUUUCUCGGUUUUAUACAAACAUAUAACAUUCUAACUCCAUAUAAACACAACACCGCAUUGAGAUUGAUGACUUAUGACGAUUUUUUUGCAAUCAGAGAAAAAGACUGUGGUGGUGUAGCCGUAUUUAUAUGGGCUGAGCUUAGCGCCAAAUUUGACCCGGAUCACUACGGUUUACGCGAUAAUGACCUCUACCAGGCGUUCACCUCUACAUGUAUUAAACACUGUGUGUUAGUCAACGAGAUCUACUCGUUUCGGAAAGAGGUGCGCGCGGGCGACACAAGACAUAACUACGUGUACCUGAUUAUGGCCCGGGAGAGAGUGUCGGCCCAGUUGGCAGUGGACCGGAUUGUAUGUGAGAUACACGGCUUGUGGGCGCUGGUCAUGGAUUAUGGCAAACAGUUGAAAGAGUUUAAUAACCCGGCGCUCGACCGUUCAAAAGUAUACGAGGGCUACAAUAAUUACAUUCGAGGGCCAAUCAAAUCGUUCGCUGAUCUAAUACCGGAUGACAUACACUACGACACCGGUGACAACAAUAACACCAUGUACAAACAUGUGACCUUAACAAACAGCAUGAUCAAUUACGUGGUGCGUGGCGUCGAGCCAACCCGUGUGGCACAAAACCCGCACUUUCCCGACGCCCGAGCCGUUAUUGAGCGGGAG